UCUAAGAUAGAAUGUUUUGAUUUUGUAUCGUAAAAUGUUGCAUUUUUAAUAGAAAUUCUGUAAGUAAGUUAUAAGUAACUUACACAAUGGCUUUAAUUAGACGAUGCAUGCCACUCGUCACCAAAACUUUGAAGCUAACACCUUUAACUGUACAAGCACAAAAAAUUCAUCGUUAUGUGGCGCCUACCUUGAUGCUGCUGAAGUUGCGCGAAAAGAAGCAAGGUGGUAAAGUUGUAAAGCCUAGAAACACAUUUCUAGAAUGGAAUUUAGAGGCUGAACUAUAUGCGUUUAGAAAGCGUUUAAAUGAAGAUUUCGACGCUGAUUUAUUACUACAAGCCUUUACAGAUAGAUCUUAUGUCAUAAAGGAAGAAAUGAAGCAGAAAGAAAUGGAUAUUGAUAUUAAAAUGAAAGACAGUAGAGAACUUGCAGAGGAAGGUGAAAAGUUCAUGAAGGAGUACAUUCAACUGUACCUAGAAGUGGUACUGCCAAAGUUUCCACUGGAAGGAAUAUCUGGCAUCAAACAACACCUCCUCAGUGAGGCUACAUUGGCUCAUGUCUCGACACAUCUCGGUACUAAAGACAUUAUUCUAGCUGCUGAAUAUCCGGUAGAUAGCAGUAUUCUAGCAAACACACUGAAGGCUAUUAUCGGUGCGCUAAUCCAGUCCUCGGGGGAAGAACCUGCGGCGCAUUUUAUCAGAGACUUCAUUGUCACGCAAUUGCAAGGCCAAGACAUAAACGAAUACUGGCACAUCGAAGACCCUUUCUCGAUGCUAACUGGGUUACUAAAGAAAGAAGACGCCGAAAUCGAACCACGGCUCAUCGGUGAAGUAGGGAAACACACGCUGCUAGCUUGCUACAGGGUUGGUCUUUAUGUUGAUAAGCAGAUGAUUUCUUCAGGUUUUGGUGAAACAGUAUCCACAGCCAAAGAGAUGGCAGCAAGAGAAGCAUUGAAGAAAAUAUUUGGCACCGAAGAUAGCAUGAAACCAAUCAGUUUCCAACUGCAAGGCGUUCCGAAACCAGUCUCGCAGGCGCGAUACCAAAUAUCCUCCAGUUGAAAUUGUUCUAUUGUAG